UCGAGGUCGGCCGAGAAAAUGGGACGAUAGUGAAAAUAGUGUUGAUAAUAUGAACCCGAAAACUAUAUGAAUGCCUUUUGGAUAUGGGUAGGAAAAAACGUGUAGUUGGUAAAAUAAUAUGGGGACCUCGGAAAGGCCAUAUUAAGGAAAAUGGAAUGGAUCCAGUUGCUGGACAGGCCAGUGUGUACCAUGCCCUAGUUGUAAUCUUUUUAGAGUUCUUUGCCUGGGGAUUGCUGACUUCUCCAAUUAUAGAAGUAUUAAAUAACACUUUUGCUAAUCACACUUUCCUUAUGAAUGGGUUGAUACAAGGAGUUAAGGGUUUGCUGUCCUUUCUCAGUGCUCCAUUGGUGGGGGCGUUGUCUGACACACUCGGAAGGAAGCCAUUUCUUCUUAUAACUGUCUCCUUUACAUGUGCACCAAUACCUCUGAUGAAAAUCAGUCCUAUGUGGUAUUUUGCCAUGCUUUCUAUAUCUGGUAUAUUUGCUGUGACAUUUAGUGUUGUAUUUGCAUAUGUGGCUGACAUUACCACAGAGGAGGAUCGUGGUCAGGCCUAUGGUUUGGUGUCAGCUACAUUUGCAGCCAGUUUAGUUACUAGUCCAGCAUUAGGUGCUUAUCUAGGAAAAGUUUAUAGUGACAAUUUUGUGAUAUGGCUGGCAACAGCUGUAGCAGUUUUAGAUAUUCUAUUCAUAUUAGUGGCAGUACCGGAAUCACUGCCGGAUAAACUACGCCCAGCUAACUGGGGAUCACAGAUUUCCUGGGAGAAAGCAGACCCAUUAGGUGCAUUAAAGAAAAUAGGUCAUGACAAGUUAAUAUUAUUGCUCUGUGUAGCUGUGUUUCUGUCCUAUCUUCCCGAGGCUGGGGAAUAUUCAUGUUUCUUUGUUUACCUGAGAUUAGUUAUGAUGUUCUCAGCUCAAGAAGUUGCUUCAUAUAUAGCUAUGGUUGGAGUCUUGUCUGUUGUUGCUCAAACACUCAUUUUAGCAUUGUUGAUGAAAUAUGUAGGACAUAAAGGAGCCAUUAUGUUUGGUCUUGUAUUUGAAAUCGUACAGCUGGCUUGUUUUGGAUUUGGAUCUCAAACAUGGGUGAUAUGGAUGGCUGGUUGUAUUGCUGCCAUGUCAAGUGUAACGUAUCCCGCCAUCAGCGCAUUCACAUCAUCUCAUGCCAGUGCAGACCAGCAAGGAGUUGCACAGGGCAUCAUCACUGGAAUCCGGGGCUUGUGUAAUGGACUGGGACCUGCUCUGUUUGGUUUCAUUUUUUAUCUCUUCCAUGUGGAUUUGAAUGAAACCACAGAUCCUGACACUCAGGUGUCAUCUCCAGAAAACAACACGUACCACAAAAUCCAGUCAGCAAUUCAGAGUGUUGUUCCCGGUCCUCCGUUUGCAUUUGGUGCUAUUCUAGUCAUCCUGGCUCUGUUAGUAGCUGUCUUCAUGCCAGAAAAUCCUCAUGGCACUAUUCAAGUCGGCAAAUCAAAAGUCAGGCGGCAAAACUCACUCACAUUAGAAGCUUUCCGUCUAGAAAAAGGUUCUAGAGAAGACCAAUCUCCUUUAAUUAGUCUAAGUGAUACAGAUCAAAAUCCCUGAUAUCAAACAGACAGAGGACCAAGCUAUUAGCUAAAAAAAACUGUGAUUAAUAGUCAAAAAUAGCUCCACAUAGUUACAAGAAAUAGACUGAAUGAACUCAGCAUAAAGAAGCAUUAACUGCAUAGUGUUGUCAUGCAGAUUGUGAUUACCACUAGGUGUCAAGGUGCUUUUAUAUGCUACGAGGGUUGUCCCAGAAAUACAAGAACUUUUUAAAUAUUUUACAAACAACCUGACCAAAAUUUUCCUUUUUUUUUUGCACAUUGCUGGAAAAUGUUUUCAUUAUUUUGACAACAUAUUUUAAGAUUGUAAUGUCUUAUGUCUGUAGAAGUAGCAUUUACAGGGUGUUACAUAUGGGCGGUUUUUGACUUAAAAAAAAGCAUUGCCUCCUAUUUUUCUUUCUUUAUUACCAGGUUAUACAGAAAUAUAAUGUGACAAAAUUUACGUCCAUAAAGUGAUCUGGAAUAUUAAUGUGUGAAAAUCUAUUUAAAUGGCAUCAUAAAUGACAAAUAUGUGACAUAUGCUCAUACACUUUUUGUUUGAUAUUGUCAAAAAUGGAGACAUUGAGCGAUAAUGCUGUCUCCAUAUCAUAAUUCACUACUGUGUUGAGUGGGGGUAUGACUCUUGUCCAUAUGGGAAAAGAGAUGGAAAUGAUUAAAGAACACGAACACAUCUCUUAUGACAGUUAGAUGUUAAAGAAUGGACUGGUUAUCCAGUUGAAGAGGGGUUUUGUAACCCAACAAACUGAGAAGUCAGGAGCUGGAUGUCAUACAUGGUGACUGACAUUUAACUUUGUAGAAGUUAGGAUUAAAGCUGGGGUUGGGAAAUUGUCUAUUCAAAGUAUUAAUUCCAUGUUCUAUAGGUGACUCAUGUAUAUGUGAGACUGGACAACUCUAUAGCUAACAGAAAAGCAAAUGCAGUAUUGAAUUUAUGCUUCAAAUGAAUUUUUAAAAACCAACGAUUCCUGAACAUAAUUACAUAUUUUGGUAUCGUCAGUGUUGCGCAAAUGUUAUCUCAAACUUGAUGGAACCGAGAAAAAACUUUGAGAUAUCAGAGGGUUCGAGAUAUCAAGGGUAAAAGACUUAAAAAAUAUGUGGUAAGGACUUCCCAAUCCCAAUACAUAUCCAUUGUAUUCAAGAUAUCUGUGUUCGAGAUACCGAAGUUCAACUGUAUUUUAUGGAAAUUUCUUUGUAGUAUACAAAAAAUGUUGAUUAUUUGGCAUAAAAAUUUUGAACUACCGGUAUAUAAGAAAUAGUAGUGAAAAAAAAAUUAAAAUGUUUGUGUUUUUCUGGGACAAUCCUCGUAUUUUACCAAAAUAAGACAAUUUCUGAAAUUUCCUAAGGAAAAAUAAUAAAUCUAGUGACAAUAGAAUUUGUCUUUCUUUCCUGUAGCUUAAUUCUGUUAAAUGUGCCAAUCCAGUGAGCCAUGUGUCUUUAUGUACAUGUAACAUGUCAUAUUUUAUGAGAUACCUCUGUUAAUUUUAGCUUGUUUUUUGUACAUUUUUUCAAGAAGAAAGCAUUUUUAUUAGAGUAUAUAUAAAUUUCAGUUCAGUUUGCUAUUGUAAGAUGAUUAUUUUGUGUACAAGUGUGCAUGUUUUAAUAGGUGCAGGUGUUGUUCUUCAAGUUCUGAAAAAUUGUGAUUGUUUCAUUUCAUACACUUUGACAUGUAAGUACUUUGGUGAAUGUGGAUGUUGAGUGCAAAUAAUUUUUACACUAUUAGAAAUGUUAUUAAAAGAUUGUUUUAGCUGGACACUAAUUAAGAUAUCAGAAAAGGAAGGGGUAUUUCUUUGAAGCCUAAGGUGUCAAUUCUAUAUUAAUAUAAGAAAUUUGUUCCUUUAAAUAAGAUAUUUCCAGUUAUAAAGAUGGUUUUGAUGACUUCCAAGGAUAGGCCAACAUUGCUUUGUUGGAUACAUGUGCAUGUAUCUCUAAUAAUUUUUAUCUGUUGAUGUUUUAAAUAUGCCUGAAUGAAAGUAAAUGUUUGUGUAUUUAUUC